UCCCGGCGGCGGGCGGGACCGGAGCGGGCACGGAGCGAGUGAGGAGCGGGACCGGAACGGAUGGCUUGCGGGUGAUGCGCUGUGCAAGUGCCUCAAGUUUUCCUACAAGAUGUGUUCCCCAAAUCCAGCAAACUGGGUCACCUUUGAUGACGAGCCUCUCUUCCAGUCACCUCAGAAAUUGGUUGACAAUCAGAGUAGCUCCAGACCCAAUGGCCUUAAGCUCAACCUGUGCAGUGUUCAUGAUUCUUCAAGCAGGCCAUCCUCUACAGGCAGCACUCCGCUCUCGUCUCCUGUGGUUGAUUUCUACCUGAGUCCUGGACCUCCCAGCAAUUCUCCACUUACUACACCUACCAGAGACUACCCAGGAAACCCCUGCAUUCCAAAGUCUGGGAUUCACAUGCUUUACCCCAUCCCUGAAUGGCCAUCAAAUGUUAACCCUUCUCCAUCCCCUGGGACGUGCUCAUCCCUGGCCUCACAGAAACCGAGCAGCCUUCCUUUGAGCCCCUCACCCAAUGAACAUCCAGGUAAGACUUUGGUCUCCAAAUCAGCAGAUGCAGGAAGUCCUAAUCCACCAGGAAGCUGUGAGGAGCUGGCUCCAGGACACUUCCCAUACUUCCACAGUGACUGUGCUUUUUCCAGUCCUUUUUGGAAGGAAGGGUGCUCCCUCAGCAUGUCUCCAGCUAAUGCCAGCAUGCACAGGAAGGACAAAGUGCUUGACAGGAGUGGGUGUCAUCCUAGAGACAAAGAAACAUGUAAUGAUCAGAAAAGUCUUAACCAGGGCUCCUUCAGUUACAUCUGUGAGAGGCUUGAACACCUACAAGCUGACAGCUGUGAGACCCUGGAAAACCCACCCAUCUCCAGCAGCCCCGCGUGGCACAAGCUCUGCCCCGCCAUCCCGCGCAGCCUUUUCAGGAGCCAGAAAUCAGACGGGUGGCCAUUCAUGCUGAGGAUUCCUGAGAAGAAGAACAUGAUGUCAUCUCGGCAGUGGGGCCCCAUUUACCUGAGCGUCCUGGCUGGAGGGGUGCUGCAGAUGUAUUACGAGAAGGGCCUGGAGAAACCUUUCAAGGAGUUCCAGCUGCAGCCGCAGUGCAAGCUGUCCGAACCCAAACUGGAGAGCUACAAUGUCUCAGGGAAAAUCCACACUGUGAAGAUCGAGUGCGUGUCUUACACGGAGAAGAGGAGGUACCACCCCAAAGUGGAGGUGAUCCACGAGCCAGAGGUGGAGCAGAUGUUGAAGCUGGGCACCACCGACUACAACGACUUCACCGAUUUCCUCGCCACGGUCGAGGAGGAGCUCAUGAAGCUUCCUACUGUUUCCAGACAGAAGAGGAAUUAUGAAGAGCAAGAAAUGACUCUGGAAAUAGUGGAUAACUUUUGGGGGAAAGUCACUAAGGCAGAAGGAAAACUCGUGGAAAGUUCUGUCAUCACACACAUUUACUGCCUGUGUUUUGUGAACGGCGGCGCCGAGUGUUUCCUAACCCUGAACGACCUGGAGCUCCAGAAGAGGGACGAGCGUUACUUUGAGAAGGAGCAGGACAAGAAGUGGAUUGAGAUUCUCGACUGCCAUUUCCAUAACUGUGUCAAAGCGCAGGAAUUUGAGCAGUCACGGAUUAUUAAGUUUACACCCCCGGACGCCUGCAGGCUGGAACUGAUGCGUUUCAGGACGCACUACAAUGGGCAGGACCUUCCCUUCUCUGUGAAGGCUGCAGUGGUGGUUCAGGGGGCAUACAUUGAACUUCAGGCUUUCAUCAACAUGGCCUCAACUGCUCACAUCCCCACACGCUUACCCUCUGUGAAAUACUGUGAAAAUGUUAUGAUACGCUUUCCUGUUCCCACACAGUGGAUCAAAGCACUUUGGACCAUGAACCUGCAAAGGCAGAAAUCCCUAAAAGCCAAAAUGAACAGGAGAGCAUGCCUUGGGGCUUUGCAUGAGGUUGAAUCUGACCCCGUAAUCCAAGUCUCGGUUGGAACAGCAAAAUACGAGAGUGCCUACAGGGCUGUGGUGUGGAAGAUUGACAGGCUUCCAGACAAAAAUUCAAGUUUGGAUCACCCACACAGCCUGUCUUACAAACUGGAACUGGGAUCAGACCAGGAGAUCCCAUCUGACUGGUACCCAUUUGCUACUGUCCAGUUUGUUGUCCAUGACACCUGUGCCUCAGGAACAGAAGUGAAGUCCCUGGGCAUAGAGAGUGACCUGCAGCCCCAGAAACACGUGGUGCAGAAAGCUUUUUACAGCUGCCAGGUUGAAAUUGAAAAGAAGUGGAUUAGGCUUGAUGGAGAAGACCCAGAUAAGGCUGGCAACUGCCUAAUGCAAUGAAAGAGGACAGGAGGCACUGUCACAGGAUAUUAGUAGGAAUCAAUCUCCAUAGGAAAUUCUAUUGUUAGAAGAAGGGCAGUGACCUAGUUUAGGGUAAACACGGUCAUUGAAUUUUUUUUUUUAGUGCUUAUGGGUUUGAGUGUGCAAAUCAGUGCUCAUUGGACUGGCCUGCAUUCAAGUAAAUUUCCUGUCAUGGGAGUCCUGGUAUGAGCAAGGUCUCCUUGUCAGAGCAGCAGGAUGUGAGCACUUCACUGACUGAUUCUAAUGUAUUGUUUUCCUGUUGUGUGACUGGGGAAUGAUCUCACACUCCCUGCUGAAACCCAAUGGCACUACUCAAAAGGUUCAUGUCACUUG